AUGGCAAUCGACAACCCUAGUGAGGAUGCCUCGGAGAACUUUAAAUUUUUUGGCUUAGGUGGUUGCAAUGAGGUGGGUCGCUCUUCUCACAUUUUAGAGUAUAAGAACAAGGUGAUUAUGUUGGACUCUGGUGUUCAUCCUGGUCUUAGCGGCAUGAACUCAUUGCCAUUCUUUGAUGAAUACGAUCUUUCAAAAGUCGAUAUCCUUCUUAUAAGUCACUUCCAUUUGGAUCACGCCGCGUCUUUGCCCUAUGUCAUGCAACAGACCAAUUUUAAGGGCCGUGUUUUUAUGACCCAUGCCACGAAAGCCAUCUACCGUUGGUUGCUUUCAGACUUCGUCAGAGUGACUUCGAUGACAGGUGGAGGCGACGAAGGUAGAACUGAGAACAACUUGACGAAUGCUGCUGGCUCUGCAAAUUUAUACACGGAUGAGGAUUUGAUGACAUCGUUUGAGAGAAUAGAGACGAUCGAUUACCACUCUACUAUCGAGGUGGACGGCAUUCGCUUCACUGCUUACCAUGCUGGACAUGUUCUUGGUGCAUGUAUGUACUUUGUUGAAGUCGGCGGGCUCAAAGUCCUAUUUACAGGUGAUUACUCCAGAGAAGAAGACCGUCAUUUGAAGGUUGCUGAGGUGCCCCCUACAAGACCUGACAUCUUGAUCACAGAGUCAACAUUUGGCACAGCUACACACGAGCCAAGGCUAGAAAAAGAGGCACGCUUGAUGAAGCUUGUCCACUCCACUAUUCUCAAAGGUGGUCGGAUUCUUUUUCCUGUAUUUGCAUUGGGUAGAGCACAGGAGCUUCUCCUUAUUCUAGAAGAAUAUUGGUCACAGAACAAGGACAUUCAGAACAUCAAUAUAUAUUAUGCCUCCAACCUCGCAAGAAAAUGUAUGGCUGUGUAUCAAACGUACACAAGCGUCAUGAAUGAUAGCAUCAAACUAAACCCAACUGGGUCGUCAAAAUCAAACCCUUUCGAUUUCAAGUUUAUAAAGUCUAUCAAAAGCGUGGACAGAGUCCAUGAUAUCGGCCCCUGCGUGGUCGUAGCUUCUCCUGGUAUGUUGCAGAGCGGUGUGUCUCGACAGCUUCUCGAAAGAUGGGCUCCAGACCCUAAGAAUGCUGUGAUAAUGACAGGCUACUCCGUUGAAGGAACCUUGGCAAAAGACUUGUUGAGAGAGCCUACUGCGAUCCCAUCAAUAACCAAUCCAGACAUGUCUAUCCCUCGUCGCAUAUCUGUCGACGAGAUUUCAUUCGCAGCACAUGUAGACUUCAUUGAGAAUUCCGGUUUUAUAGACGAAGUCAGUCCAAAAAAAAUUAUUUUGGUGCACGGUGACAGUAACCCGAUGGGAAGACUUAAAUCGGCAUUGCUUAGUAAGUAUCUGUCCAGAAAAGGCACAGAGGAUGAGGUCAAAGUGUUUAAUCCUAGAAAUUGCGAAGAGGUUCUCAUUGGAUUCAAAGGUGUCAAGAUCGCUAAAGUUGUUGGGAGACUUGCACAAGCUCAAGUUGAAUUGAUCAACAAAGCACUCAAAGAAGAGACAAAAAGUCCAAAGAUUGAAGUUGUUGAAGAUGGCGUUUCCAAGGAUAAGGAUAUGGUUGACAAAAAUGAAAAAGAGGAUGCUAAGGAGAGCAAGACAAUCGAGACUGAUGUACAGAUUUCAGGAGUUCUCAUCUCCAAGGAUUUUGAUAUGAACAUAAUGAGUCUUGAGGAUUUGUCUGAAUUCUCCCAGUUGAGUACAUCUGUCGUCAAGUCGAAUGCUAAACUCAAGGUACAUGCAAAUGUUUCGUUGGUAGAAUGGCACUUGGAACAAAUGUUCGGUCAUAUUAAUGUUGUGAUUGACGACAAUCAGACAUGGGAGUGUAUUAUCAUGAAUAUGAUUUAUAUCACUGCCAACAAGGCAGAGUCAGACGCACUAAAUGUGACAGUUGAAUGGAUCAAUGAUAAUUUGAUGGGUGAUUCUCUCGCUGAUAGUAUAGUUGCAAUUCUUCUAUCCAUUGACUCGUCUCCAGUAUCGGUGAAGAUGACGUCUCAGCAUUGCUCUCAUAACCAUAUCAAAAAGGAAGAGGAUACCGAUAUGGUGAAGCAAGAAGCCCCAAAGAAAGCGCACGCCAACACUGAUAUUGCGAGCCGAAUCAAUCGGAUCACUUCGCUCUUGAAAUCACAAUUCGGAGAUUCUAUGAAAUCUGUCAGUCAAAGUGAACUUGUCAUAACAAUUGGAAAGAAUGAAGCCAAGGUUGAUCUCAAUAAGCUCGCUGUCGAAUGUGGCUCGAGAGUUCUCAAAGAUCGUGUAGAAAACAUCAUAAAAAGAGGUGCUAGGCUAGCAGCUCCGCUCAGCUACCAGCAGAAGAUGGUACUGGCUUGA